UUACUCAGCUAUAUGUCACUCUUGUUUUUAAAAUGGCGCAGUGAAAUUUUUAUUGGUCGAUAAGAGAAGCCGUUUUAUUGUUUUUCGAAUAUCAGAACGUCUAUAAGGCAACUAAAAGUUCCGUUAAUAUUUUAUCCCAGCAUAAAUAGAUAUGCUUUUAGAAGAAAAUUUAAUUAAAAAAGUCAUAAAUGUGUUGUUUGAAGACCAUGAAGAAGACUACCCCUGCAACUUCUCCAAAUAGUGUUGUUAAUGUCAAGAGUGAAAUUCAAAAGUUAUACAGACAAAUUCAACAACUUUCACAGCGUUUAGAUCUCCAGCUUCAGCAAGCAAUAGAUUGGAAAGAAUGGUUCGAUACAGAGACUCUUCAGUCUAGACAAAGAAUACGUGAUCUAUGUGAACAUAUUUUGUUAUCCGGGGAAUGUGAUAUUGCCAGAAAAACCGAAGAGUAUCUUUGGAGAAAAGCAUUUUAUGAUAUUAUUCAAAAGUUAAAAAAUGAUAAAAAGACAUUGCAUAGUGACCAAGUGCUCAAUUCAGUGUAUUGCUCUCAUUUACAAGGAGCUAUUGGUUUCUAUCAUAAUUUACUCAUUCGUAUACAAAGUCGUUUCAGUAUCCAAUUACAAGGAUUUGUUGACUGGAUUGGAAUACCUGUAAAUAUUAACUGCAAUGAUUUAUUUGUAUCUGCUACUGAUGAACAAAUGGACUGGGCAAUAAAGGCUUGUCAAAGAUGUCUUAUUUAUUUAGGUGAUAUUGCUCGUUACCAAUGUGAUAUCAUGAAAGAUCAAGAUAAUUCCCUUCCUGAAAGAUAUUAUCAUUUGGCAAUUUUGUUGCAGCCAGAAAAUGGAAUGCCUCACAAUCAAAUUGGAACUCUAAAGCAGAGCCAGCUUCUUCUCCAUGAAUCAUGUUACCACUAUAUGAGAUGUGUUUUGUCAACAUCAAGUUUUGAUGGUGCUGAAGAAAAUUUAAAACGUGCUUUAGAAAAACAAAGUCAAAUGGUUGAAACAUUGCAUAAAGAUGCUGCUGCAAAUGAUCAAGUAAUAAGCACUAAAGUUCAGUUUGAGACUUCUUUUCUUAUGCUCCAAGAUGUUCUAUUUGGUAUUAGAAGUAUAUCAAUGGAGGAUCUUGCAGAAUGGUGUCAAUCAUUGUUGUCACUAUUUUCACUUACAUUGUCAGAAAAUCUUAAAAUGGAUGAAUCUGGUUUGACAAAUGGAAGCUCAAAGUAUGCAGCAAUGGAAAAAAGUAACAACAAUGAAAAGUUAACAUCUGGAACACUUGUCAAGCUUUUAACUAUGAUUAUUUUAGAUGUUGUUAAGCUAAAAAUGAUAGGAUCUGACAUAACCUCAGCUGCUACUGCGUUUGCUGCUGCUCUUUUGUCACAAAUGUUGGACUACAUUUCACAAUAUUUAAAGCUCUAUUAUCCGAUCAAUGAAAAGAAUCAUGAAGAUAACUUCAGUCGUAUGAAGCAACAAAUUUUGAUCAAUCAGCGCAAACGUCGCAGGCGUCGGAUAAACUCUCAAAGUUCCGAUCAUGAUGAAAAUGAUGGGAGUUUUACAGAUGAUGAAUUAUCAGAUUUAAGUGAAGGUGAUAUGGACGAAACACUUGAUGCUGAUGAUUUUUCUGAUAAUGAAGAAUCCAUUUUUGCUUUAAAUGAUGAUAUUGAACUUGAUAUUCCAAAAGAUGAAAUUGGACAUAAAAUGAACGGGGCUAUUAGUUUUAAUACAAAAAAAGGCUUAAAUAGUCUUUCCUAUGCUGGUCAACAGUUCAAUGAACAGCUUAAGAAGAACAAUUACAAAAUGAGUGUAAAACCAACUAAUGGUCUGAUUAAUCAUGUCUUUAUGGAAAAUGUUGAGCUGGUUAAUGAUGCAGCAAAAUUGUUAGAUGAGUUUGAAAAAAUUAAUGAGGAAGCUUAUUUACCUGCUGUAAAGAUUCUAUGUGACUGGAUGUUUGCAAAUCCUGAUGUUCUUAAAAUGAGUGCUAAAGCUUCAUCAGUUCUUUGGCAACGUCUUGCAGAUGUUUUGAAUGCUUUACCUUCACAAAAGCUGAUUCAAACAACAGUAUUUUACUUCAGUUCUCGACGGAGAGUUCCUACCUGGUUAAAAAAAGAGAUUGAAGUUGAAUCAAGUGAUGUGCAACAACGAGCUUUACCUGAAGACAUUACUGUCUUCGGUGCACCUGGUUUUGGAGAUAUUCACAAAAAUUUGGAUAUCAUGUGGUUUUGUGGAUUGAACCACUCAAAUCUUUAUCAAUUUGCUUUGCGUGUAACAUAUUUGAGAAAGUUUGGAUAUUUUGUUGCUAAAAGUCAGGAUGUUCCUUGCUUCACAUGGAAUGCAGCUGAAAAUAAGUUUGCUGUUGUACUUUCUUCGCCAAAUGAGAAACCCUCAGUUGUUACAAAACCACUGAGAAAUAAGAAAAAGAAAUUGGGUUCUGAAGAACAAAAUCAUAUGAUGCAAGUUCUUGCUAAAGAAAAACUUAAGCAUGAAGUAAAUGAACUUGAGAAGCAGUUACACUCGAGUAGUGCUUCACCAUCAGGUAGUGUUUAUCUUGUACUUGAUACACCUGUCUUAUGUAAAUACAUAUCUUUCUUGCGUGCUAUUGUAAAGAGUGGACAAUUUGUUGUUAUUAUACCAAUACAAGUUAUUGCUGCAUUAGAUGAUCUCAAAAAGUAUAAUCAGGGUGCUAGAGAUGGAAUUAAGUUCUUAGAAGAAGAAAUAAAACAUGGUAACAGGUGGCUGAAAACACAAAAAGAUCAUGAAACAGUAAACAACCAUGGCCUUUCCAACACUGCAAAGAAGAAAAACAGGGAAAUUGAUGAGUGGAGAUUUCUACAAAUUGUUAAGUGCUGUCUUUAUUUCCAUGAGAAGCGCGAGGGUACUGUCACACUUUUAACAACUUUCAAUAGCUUGCAGAAUGUGGGGAAGAAUUCCAAAAUGGGAACACGCCCUUCUCAGCAAACAUUAGAUAUAUGUAAAGAAAAUAAUAUCAGUGUGGAACCUGUAGUGGAUUUUUACAAAAAAUGGAUGACAAGAGGCGGUCCUUCAUAAUUUAAAUCCCUAAUCUAUAUGGGAAAAUGGUUUCAUUAUGAAAGCUUUACUGCUUACGUAUUGACGAUGACAACCAAAGAUUAUCUUUGCGAAUGACGGUCAUAAAAUUCACAAAACGUUCAUGCGUUUUUAAAUAAAGACCUCUGCGUUUUAAAACUUGAUCAUUGCGAAUUACUAGCCUAACGGAAAACUCAAGAAUUGAUGGUUAAGGCUGUGAUUUAUUGGUACCCUAUUUGUAUUGAGGCUUGAUUCAACGAGUCUAGGCUGGUUUUUCUAAUCUGUAUCUUGCUUCGUACACUCUACAUUACGCUUAAACAAUCCGCGUAACAAACUUUUGGCGUUCGAUAGAACUAUCGAUUUUUUUAUUUAUUAAUUUUUGUUUUAAUAUCUAAUAACAUUGAUUAAUGAUUAAAGUAUUUAUGUGUGUGUUA